AUGGCUAGCACAUCAAACGACAUGGACUUCCCAUCGCCGGAAACGCCACCAGAAGGUCUUCCCACACCAGGAGAACAUGCACGCCUUCAUCACCUACUCGCCAUGGUUGACGAGCCAGAACAACCACCUUACGUUCGAUCCCGCAUGCAUUCGAUGACACCUACGCUACACGAAGACUACAACGACCGCCGUAGCUCGAAAACCACAAAAAGAUACUCCUACAGCUCAAUGAACGAGAAGGAAGUAGAUAAUCGCGAACACAUGAUCCAGCAAAAAUAUGCCGAACGUCUCUGCUCGAAGUGCAAACACCUAGAUCGGGACCAGGAAGCCGCGCUGGAGGCCAUGCAAAUAGUGCCGCCAGGGAAGGAAGAAGAUAGCAAGAUUGUCACCUGGGAUGGCGAACACGAUCCAAAGAAGCCGAUGAAUAUGUCCGAGACUCGUAAAUGGAUGAUUGUCAUUUCGACUGGUCUGAUGACUUUCUGUGUCUCAUUCGCCAGUUCGGUCUUCUCGACUACGACAUUCGUGACGGCAGAAUUGUUUGGUGUCAGCAGCGAGGUCAUGAUUUUGGGUCUUUCGCUAUAUGUGCUUGGCUUUGCUUUCGGACCCUUGAUCUGGGGACCACUCUCAGAAGCAUUUGGCCGUACUCGGCCUUUAUUUGCUGGAAUGGUCAUCUUCUGUAUCUUCCAGAUCCCUGUCGCCGUCGCUCAGAACCUGCAGACGAUCUUUGUCUGUAGAUUCUUUGGUGGAGUUGCUGGCUCCGCUCCUCUGGCAAUCGUCGGAGGCAUGUUUGUUGAUUUCAUGGAGCCAAUCAACCGUGGUGUGGCUACAAGUGUCUUUGCUGGAGCAGUUUUCGCUGGUCCCGUAGCAGGACCUGUCGUUGGCUCUUUCAUCACAUACAGCUACCUCGGAUGGCGAUGGACUGCAUGGAUUACCCUCAUCAUGUCUGCUUUCUUCACGAUCCUCGCUUACCUGAUGACACCGGAGACUUACGAACCCGUCUUGCUGGCGUGGAAGGCCGAUAAGCUCCGUCAUGAAACUAAGGACUGGGCCCUGCAUUCCAAGAGUGAGGAGGAUCCUCUUAACCGCGACACAAUCGUCAACAAGUAUCUGAUGAAGCCGCUCGUCAUGAUUGUCAAGGAGCCAAUUUUGAUCAUCCUCACACUUUACAUGAGUCUUGUUUACGGAAUUCUGUACUUGACAUUUGAAGCCUAUCCCAUCAGUUUCGAAAUGGACCGUGGUUGGUCUCCCGGUCUCGCCUCUUUGCCCUUCAUCGCAAUCUUCAUUGGAGUUGUUCUCGCAUGUGCCACCAUCGGAAUCUUCAGCAAGACAUGGUAUGCCAAACGCCUCAUCGAAUCUGGCAAACUCAAUCCUGAGGAUAGACUACCACCUAUGAUCGCUGGCUCCUUGAUCCUACCCAUCGGACUAUUUUGGUUUGCUUGGACUUCCCAUCCGUCAACUCAUUGGGCACCUCAAGUCGUCUCGGGCAUUUUCAUUGGUCUGGGCAUUAUCUUGAUCUUUAUGAGCGGUGUCACAUACAUGGUUGAUGUGUAUUUGCUCAACGCCAACAGUGCCAUUGCUAUCAACACAUUCAUCAGAUCUGCGGUAGCCGCUGGAUUCCCCAUGUUCGCCACGUAUAUGUACAAUGGCCUUGGUGUGGACUGGGCAACUUCGCUGCUGGCGUUUGUGUGUAUUGCACUUAUACCUUUCCCUCUUAUCUUCUGGUUCUAUGGCAAGAAGAUCAGGGGUUGGAGCAAGUUUGCUUUUAACCUUGGUUAA